GAUAGAAACCAGCUCUCACACCAAGUUAAACCCUAUUCUCUCAAUUCUCAGUCGAGAGAACAUGAUGGGUUCUUCUCCAAGAACUCAUCUUCGACUAAGCCUUGCCUUCCUCUUCUUCGCUUCACUCGCGUGCCUGUCUCUGUCGCACACUUCUCUCCCCAGCGAGUGCUCAAUUGUCGGCCACGGGCAGAGCCCGAAAGACGCCGUUUCGGACGAACAGGUCGCCGAGCUAUUCCAGAGAUGGAAGGCCAGGCACAAGAAGGUGUACGAGCACGCGGCGGAGGCCGAGAAGCGGCUCGAGAACUUCAAGAGGAACUUGAGAUACGUGAUAGAGAGAAGUAGGAAGGGCAAGAGGCAUGGUGUGGGGCUGAACAAGUUCGCCGACUUGAGCAACGAGGAGUUCAAGCAACUCUACUUGUCCAAAGUGAAGAAGUCGGUCAACCAAAAGUGGAGGGCCAAAAGGGAGAGCUUGAGGAGGAACAAGAGGAAGGGAGUGGAGUCUUGCGAGGCACCAUCUUCUUUGGAUUGGAGGAACUAUGGCAUUGUCACCGGUGUGAAGGACCAAGGAGAAUGUGGAAGUUGCUGGGCAUUCUCGUCGACCGGAGCCAUGGAAGGAAUCAAUGCGCUCAAAACGGGGGACCUGAUCAGCCUUUCGGAGCAAGAGCUCGUCGACUGCGACACCACCAACGACGGAUGCGACGGCGGAUACAUGGACUAUGCCUUCGAGUGGGUCAUCAACAACGGCGGUAUCGAUUCGGAAUUUGACUAUCCCUACACCAGUGUCACCGGCAUGGGCGGUGUCUGCAACGUCGCCAAGGAGGAGUAUAACAAAGUGGUGACCAUUGAUGGGUAUCUGGACGUGUAUCCGUCGGACGGCGCCCUUGUCUGCGCGGUCGUUCAGCAGCCGAUUAGCGUCGGCAUGGACGGCUCGGCCAUAGAUUUCCAGCUCUACACUUCGGGCAUCUACGACGGUACCUGUUCGGACAAUCCCGACGACAUUGACCACGCGGUCCUAAUCGUCGGUUAUGGCUCCGAAGGCGGCGAAGAUUAUUGGAUUGUGAAGAACUCCUGGGGAACAGAUUGGGGAAUGGAAGGAUACUUCCUGAUACGAAGAAACACCGACCUCCCGUUCGGCCUAUGCGCCAUCAACGCGAUGGCUUCUUACCCGACCAAAGAGUCCUCCGCCCCGUCUCCCUAUCCAUCUCCAGUCGUCCCGCCUCCACCACCUCCCCCGUCAUUCACUCCCCCACCACCACCCCCGCCCCCACCCUCGCCGCCGCCGCCUCCCCCGUCUCCUUCCCCAACCGAAUGCGGAGAUUUCUCAUACUGCCCCAGCGGCGAGACGUGCUGUUGCCUCUAUGAGUUCAACAAUCUCUGCCUGCUUUACGGCUGCUGUCCUUACGAGAACGCGGUGUGCUGCACCGGGACCGACGAUUGCUGCCCGAGCGAUUAUCCGAUCUGUGACGUUGCGGAGGGACUUUGUCUCAAGAAUGCUGGAGACUACUUGGGAGUCGCCUCCAGGAAGCGGAUGAUGGCGAAGCGCAAACUCCCUUGGACUCAGUUCGAGGAGAACAAGAACGGGAUUUACCAACCACUGGUGUGGAAGAGGAACCGUCUCGCAGCGAUCCGCUGAUGACUAGAGAAGCGCCGAUCGAACCGAACAUUUCUCAGACUUCGAUACUAGUAAUCACUGGCAAUCUCAUUUUACUCCCUUCGCCAGGGAUCGACCUGAACCCUGUAUCAGUCAGGCUCAUGUUCAAAUAUAGGAUUUGAGCAUGUCCUGGCUUCAGGUCAAAGGUUAUUUUUCUUCACUACAUCAUGUGUACUAGCACACUACUUGCACUUACUGUCAGUGCCACUGGUAGUUAUUGUUUUCGUUAUCGCCUGAGUCGAUGCUCGAACAUGUCUGCGCCUUUCCGGGAUCGGAAAAUAAAGAGUACAUAUUCAGAU